AUGCUUCAGAAAUACCGACAUGUGGACAAUAUAUUCUUUGAAAAUCAGGACCUUGUAAAUGAUUUUCUAAAUUUUUGGAGGACGACUGGAAACCAGCGCGUAGGAUAUCUCAUUGGAAAGUAUCAACCGUUCACGGAUGUUCCGCUUGGUAUAAAGGCCGUUGUGGCAGCAAUCUAUGAACCACCCCAGACUUCUAGCCCUGACGGAGUGGAGCUGUGUGAUGAUCCCAAUGAGAAGGCAGUAGAUCAACUAUGUGCAUGGUUAGGGCUCAGACGUGUUGGCUGGAUUUUCACGGAUCUCUGGUCAGCUGAUCAAGUCAAGGGAACGGUUCAUUGCACCAGACAUAAGGAUGCUUUCUUCCUGUCUGCUGAGGAGUGCAUCACUGCUGGGUAUCUGCAGUCGAAGCACCCUAACAUUACAGAAUACUGUUCGGACCGUCACUUCGGCUCAAAAUUUGUAACGGUAGUUGCCAGUGGUGAUGAGCAGGAACAAGUUAACUUCCAUGGAUGGCAGGUUAGCUUAUAA